AUGGCGGUUGCUAAUGCCAAUGCUGCUGCGGCUGCGGCUGUGAACGCUAAUGCUGUGGCAAUGUCAGUCGCUAAUGCCGCAUUAGCAACAACUAUGAUGAACAAUGAUGCCAACUUGAUGAAUCGGGGCGCCAAUGGGAGUGUGAUUCGAGCAAUGAUGAAGAGGGAUAGGGAGAUUUAUACCCCUACCCCUCCCACUAGUCCUGAUGGUGCUACGGGGUUGGGUGGUUCGUAUGGAACUGGAGGUGCUGGAAAUGAGGGGAGUAUAACACUUCAUCCGGUUUCUGAAAGGGCUGGGGGUGAUCCAUAUCCGGGACAUGGAGCAACAUAUGGUGCAAUGUCUUCUCUCAUGGUGUUGGUGCCACCACUACCGCUGGUGUUGGUGUUGGAGUUGCCAUGCUGCGUAACCAAAGGGAUUACGUCUGCUUACCCUCAACCUCCCCAACCACAUUCGCAUUCACAUCCCCAUUCAAGCGGAAGUGAGGGCCAUAGAGAAGCUGGUAACCCUUCCUCGAGCUACCCUUCUCCUUUGAGUCAUUCUGGAACUGGUGCCGGUGGGAACGGUGUGAAUGGGACCAGUGGAACUACCGGCAGCACACACCCUGGAAUACAUCGUUCUAAUUCUUAUGCUUCUCAUCAUUCGAGCACACAUGAUUCGCCAUAUCACUCUGCUGUUAACAUUAAUUCUGGAUCUCACACACUCCCCCCUGGCUCCGCAUCAGAGUCGCCCACGGAGUUUGGCAUACACCAUUCCAUCGUCGGGCCAUUCCCACAGUGGCUCACUAGCAAGUAUCCCUUCAAUGUCCAGUCUCGGCCGGAUCAUCAAGCCCAGCAGACCCACUGUUCCACCUCCACCUCCACUUCCUCCUCGACUCAUCAUCCCCAUGUGCGAAUGGUGUGCCUCGGCGACUGCCUUCGAGCGACAUCUCAUGUAUUCAUGGACUCAACCCCAUCUAAUGAUGAACUCGGUUUCGAUGUGAUGCCGGACCCCUCCAACAUCGCGGACGGAUGGACUGUAGAGCAACAUGACGACCCUCACAUUCUCCUGCAAGCUCGCUCGCCAGAUCUCACCGAUCCUUCCCUCUCACCACCCAUUCCCUAUUUCGGUGCUAAACUGGACACAUCCAUUCUUCACCCUCUCCUGCCCUAUCCCUCAUCACCUCGUGUCGCUCUCGACUCUAUCAAGGCACUGCAAAAGAAUGAUAGGGAGACAAAACCCCGCACCCGCAUUGAUUCCGAAAAGGAGCGCGAGAAAAAGAAGUGGACUAUAGGCUUAGGAAAGGACAGCAAAGACAAAGAGAAGCAAGGCCAAGGCAACAUCGAGCGUCUUGCAAGGGUCGUCUCAACCGGCUUCGAUCUCAUCCACCUCAUGCCACCUGCGCCUCAUCUUGCUUCGCUGACAGAGUACUUGCGGCAGCCCAGCCUGGCGGUGCUGCAUGAGAGUACAAUGAAGCUGAUGGCAUUGGAUUCACUUGUGGGCUUUCAAACGCCGUCCCAUCCCAUUUGGAAGAGUGGUUGGGGGAACAUGCAAAUCACAUGCACAGCCACAGCAGCUCUGCUCACCAGCUUUGUCCCCCACUGGGACUGCACAAUUCCUUCUUAA